AUGACAUCCCAUCUUGCCGCUGGCCCUCCUCUGGAAAUCAGCUCCCACGAUCAUCUUAUUCAGGAAUACAGAAAUGACAUCCACAGCCAUUUCAUCCAUCUAGACCACCUCUUCAGGCAGAGGCCCAGCCCGCUGCCUCUCCAGCCCCAGUUCCAGCCCAACAGGCUCGCCCUGCUCAACUCCAUCUUCGACGUGGUGGUAAAGCUCUCCUGGUCCUACGCCACCUUCUCUCUCGCCGUCAACGUGCUCGACAGAUACCUGUCCAAGGCCCUCGUGCUGGAAAAAAACUACAAGCUUGUUGGCUACUGCUGUCUCUGGAUUGCGUUCAAGUUCAACGAAAACAAGCCCAAGGGCAAGCUCGUCAACGCGCUGAUCAAGCGCGCAGGCUACGACCUCGACAGGAAGACAGACUUCCUCAGGCUCGAGAUGGACAUUCUGUCGGCGCUCAAAUGGGACUUGUCCAUGCCAUCGGCAGACUACUUUGUCAACUUCUACACAAGCAGCUCACAGCCCAACCUGAAAGAAAGAACGGAGGGAGCCAUCUUCCUGUGCGAGCUCGCACACUUCGACAGAACCCUAUUCUAUUCGUAUUCUCCUAGUUCUAUCGCGGCAGCAUCCAUCAUGCUGACCAACGCUGCUCUCACGGGCACCGCCGACAAGCUGGGCGAGCUGCAGCACGGUUUGCUCCACCAGGUGCUCGCGGUGCCGUCUUCCGUGAGGGCCAAGUACUUCAAUUCUGGCAACCGGAUCAUCACCCACCUAACGAACCUGGCCACCCAGGUGCUCCACAAGGCCAGAGGUUUGGACCAGCAGUACGUGAGCUACUCGCCGCACCACGCGUCGCCGGUCCAGGAGCUCGUGCUGUAUCCAAACCUGCCUAUCUCGCCAAUAGCAUCCCCCAUCCACCAGCACCACCGUCAUUCUCAUGCGAGGUCGCAGUCGCUCACGGCGCUGCGGUCGCUGCACAUCGACACCGCCUGUCUCCCCACGCCCGGCACGACGCCGGUUUCGUCUGCCGCGGGCGCCAGCCAAGUUACUCCGGUUGAAGUGCCGCUGGACCUGGACGAGCGCAGUGCCAAAAGAAGGCGCUGCCAGUAG